CUAGAACUGCCCUGGGUUGUGGGCAAGGGGCGAGGAGAAGCAGGGGUCCGAGGGAUGGCUGCGUAGGACACGGUUCUCGUGCACCCGUCCUUUUUCUAUCCCAGGCUGGGUGGGGGCGGGCGCAGCGCCUCAGAGCCUCGGGUGCGGUCUGAGUAGGUUGAGGCUAUUUGGAGUGGGGGGCUGGGGGAAGGGCGGGAAAGCAUCCCGGACCUGGUUUGUCUGGUCAUAGUCUAGUACUUAAGUGAGUUAGAAGAGUGGGGGGUGGAAGAGAGCCCCGCCAGGAGAAAGGGCGUGCGCUUUGGGCGACAGAACGUCCAUACCUAGUUCCUUCUCUAUCCCAUCCCUGGGGGCGCUGCGUGUGAGGUUCCACCACGAGGAGGAGAGCUGCGCGUGCUGCGAGGCACGCAGUGUUUAGAAGAGGCGAAGGUAGGAAACAGCGGUCCGGGUUUGAGUGUCGGGGAUGCGCCUGCUGGGGUCUGUGCGGUCCGGGUGGGUUUUGGAGGGUACCUUGAAGUGUUGUCCCCGCCCCGGCCCCUAGAGGCGCACUUCCUGCAUCCGCCCAGACCAAGUUCAGAUCUAGUGGGAGUUCAAAAACAAAGUACGGUGAGAAACUCAGAACAGGCAAACAAACAAAACAACAACAACAAACUUAAUAAGGUCCCAAGGUUUAUCUCUGAUUAACUGGAGUCUAGAUAGUUUGACGGGCGUGAUUCAGCACCCCAAGGCUCUUCACACACCACAGCCCUUAUUAGGGAUUCCUACCCCAACGUGCUUUUCAGAUCUUGUUCUCUUUCUCCACUUAACUCCCACUUUGGUGCAAAAGCACACAUACACACGCCCACACACCUUCUUGAAGAAAAGAGACUGGGACAGGAGUUCUGGACAGGGUCCCCUUAGCCAUCCAGAGCCAUAAACUUUGAAUGGGGUCCACCCUAACCAGAGAAAUAAACCAUCACAUUCUAGUAGGUUUGUAUCACCAAUAAGAGCUCUUGGCAACUCCAGGAAUGUCACCCACUCCCCCUUUGUAGAGAAUUAGUAGUCUUUAUGGGUUCUAGAAGAAGGGGAAGGCAGUCAGGGGAAGACUUCAGGAAGAAAUCCCUGUGAAGUUACCAGAGGCCACAGAGCAUUAAGAAAGUACAUAAGAACUUUGAAUGCUGAAGUCUGGAGCUUGUACUAGGCUAUAUUUCCUUAAAAGAUUGUAGCCUUAUUUCUUGGUCAUCCCUCAUACACACACAGGAACCCCACUUCUCCUGUGGUAGGUAAGGAAUGGGUAACUGUAUCUGAAAUGCAACUGAGUAUGAGAAAUGCUUUAGUAUUUCAAGGGAGUUCAGAAAGGGAAAAGGUGUCCCUUACCUCUCCAGGCCAGGUGAGAAAGGAGAACCCCCAAAGUGUAGGGAUUGGCCCACCCUGUGAGAAAGCACCUCAGUUUUGUCACAGGAGCCUCUGAUGCAGCGUUUUUGUGUCUAGAGGUCUGUUACUGGGAACUCCUUCCUUCUUGUGUCUGUAUUUCUGUUUAUAUGAACCUGCAGGUGUAUGUCUGACUAUAUUCUGUGCUUAUUUAUAUUAGUAUGUAUUUAUAUCAAUAUAACAAUCAUGGUAGUCAGCUAGGGGAGAAGUGGUGGAGUGAAGAUUGACAUGAGAUUUCUCUCAGAUUAGAAAAAUUCUACUGUCAGACCCUCCUUGGCAAGCCAGGGAGGAAGAUGUUCCCAAGGAAAACUACAAGCUUUGUAGGAAAAGCAGGAUUAUUGGGUGUGGGAACUUUUCAUUUCAGUCCCACCUCUUCAUGCAGGAGGCCUCUUAGCUUAAUAAUUAAAACCAAAUUAGGAUCAGGGUCAAUAAAAAUUAACUUUAAAUUGGGCAAUGUAGAUUAAAGAAGACCUAAUUCAUUAAACUGAACAAGAAGGAAUUAAGGUAAAUUUUAUUCACCAACUGUCUUUUUGCUUUAGUCAAUUUUAAUGUUUUGGAGAAUUGGAGAUAAGUUAACAUGUUCUUCUGUGCUUAAGAUACAGAAACCCUUUUGUUGGUGUUUCUUUGAAUCAUCAUGUUAAUAGAGAUGAGCCAUUCUUAUAAAAUAUUUUAUAACCUCUCUUUGAAAUAAAUGCAGGAAUAAUGCUAAUACAUGACCCUGAUCAAAAUACAUUGCACCUUUAUUAUUUGCCUAUGUUGCAAAUAUUUGUUUUUGAAAUUCCAGCAUAUAACAUUUACUCUUACUUGAAUACUAUGUAUUCAGACUUGCUUUAUCUUCCUAUAUUAACCAAGAUAUUCUACAUUUUAUAGCCUUUCCUAAAUCAUAUAGCCUUCCAUCAAAAUUGUAACGGCUUCAGUCUAGGUGUCAUAAAUAAAAAAUUCUUAGACCAAUAAAUAUCUGCUUUAAAAUAAUUAUCAUUGGGACUUCCUUGGUGGUCCAGGGGUUAAGACUCCACGCUCCCAAUGCAGGGGGCCCGGGUUUGAUGCCUGGUCAGGGAACUAGAUCCCACAUGCAUGCCGCAACUAAGAGCCUGCAUGCUGCAACUAAAAAGAUCCCACAUGCCGCAACUAAGACCCGGCGCAGCCAAAUAAAUAAAUAAACAAUAAAAUAAAAUAAAUAUUAAAAAGAUAAGUAUCACUAUCACAUAUUUUACAAAAUAAUUUAAUCCUCAGAUUCUUACUUAUCUUCAGCUGGAGUUGAAAUUUAUGUUUCAGAUUCAAUUAAACAUGAACAUUCAUGCUUUGGAGACUCCAGCUGUUGGAAGAGGCUUUCUGAAAAUUUUGUGAAAGCACUAAAAAUUGACAGGGUUGGUCAAAUCCCUUCCUGUCCAGUCCUUAGCCCUAUGUUGGUGAUAGUUAAUGUUGAAUGAUUAUGAUAGAGGGCAGUGAGGGAGCACAGCUCCCUCUUGUGUGCAAAACAGAAGAUGCCUCUAGCAGGGAUAGGGACCCGUUCGUUCAUAUAUUCAUCCAUUCCAUCCACAAACUGAUUGGUAAGUAUAUGCUGCAUGCAGGGGAUGCAAAAAUGGAAAGACAAAGUCGUCGCCCUUUAGGAGAUUAGAAGCUAAUGGGUUCUAAACAUUCAAACAGUUAGAGUGCAGUGUAAUUAUUGUGAUUGUGAAGGUAUGUUCAAAAUGCAGUCAGAACAUUAGAGGUGGGAACAUCUACACUGGCCUGAUGACGUCAGAGGAAACUUCACAGAGGUGGUAACACAAGCUGAGACUUGAUGGGUGAAGAGUUUGCCAUGGGAGUACGAGCAUUCCAGACAGAGGAAAUAGCAUAUACAAAGGCACGAAGGCUUGAAAGAGCGUGUCAGAUUCAGGGAGAGGCCAGUAGUUUAGUAUGGCUAGAGAUUAGAUUGCACAAAAGAUGGAGAUGGAAGUGCAGGUGGGACCAGAUCACAAAGGACUUUGCAUGUGAUGGUGAGAAGAUUAGAUUUAACCCAGAGCAAAGAAGUGAAAUGAUUAUAUUUGCUUGUUAGAAGAAUUGUUGUGGCACUGGGCCAGAUAGGAUGAGGCUGAAUUAGGGCAGAGGCAGUAGGGAAGGAAAUGCCUGGGUGGUUUCAAGAAAUAUUUAGGAGGUAAGAUGGUUCAGCUCUCUGGCUUAUUUGAUUGGUGAGGUGGUGAUGCCACCAAAGAGACAAAUAAAACAGAAGAAAAAGCAGAGUGGAGACCGUGAAUUCAGUUUGGGACCUGUUAAAUCCAAGGCAUCCUUGGAACAGCCAAGUGAAAUGUCCAGAGGAUAGCUGGCCCUUUUGUGUUUGGAGCCCAAGUAGGGGGUCUACGUGGAGACAUAGAUUUGAGAAGCAUCAGCCAUGGGAAUGGAUGCACCUGCCGAGGGAAUCAUGAAGAGUGCUGGAAGAAGAGAGUCAAGACAGAAUCCUAGGGAGCAUAAAUGUUUAAGAGGGGAGAAAGAACUAGCAAAGGAGCCACAGAAGGGUUGGCCAAAGGCAGGAGACCCAGGAGAACAUGGUGUCAUUGAGGCCCAGGGAGGAAGCCUGAAGAAAGAGCAAUUACUACAGAGAGAUCAAGAAUGAUGAAAAGUGAAAAUUUCCCUUUAGAUUUAGCGCUUGGUAACCUAAAGGAGAGAAGUUGGGGAUGGGAAGAAGCCAGAUUCACUGAGGAAAUAAGGCAGUGGACAUACAUAGACUAUUCUUCUUCCCAAAAGCCUGGCUGUGAAAGGGAGAGAGUGGCAUAAGAUAGUAGCUGGAGGGGACCCAAAAGGUCAAGAGAAAGAGUUCCUUUUCUUUGUGUUCUUAAGAUGGGAGAAAUGUAAGCAUAUCCUUGAGAGAAAGAGCCAGCAGAGAAAGAGAAGCUGAAAAGUCACCAAGAGAAAGGGGGAGAACUGAUGAGAAAGGUGGUGGUGAAGGCAGGCAGGAUUGGAGUCAGAGCCCAAGAAGAAAGGAGAUACACAUUCCUCUGGAAUGGGAGAGUUGAAGAGUUAAGGGAAAAAAGCAAAACUUCAUGUUAAAACUGAGACAGUGUUUAUUUCUCUUGCCCCAAAGACAGAAUAAACAUUUAAACUGUCUCUUUGUCUUUGCCUGAUACCAUGCUACUCCCCAGAGACAGCACCAGGAGGUGGCCAGCCUAGAAGGAGAGAGAGAGGUUGGGAGCUCCGAUGUGUCAUAGAGAAUCACAGAAUUUAGAACUAGAAUGGGUCCUGGAGAUCAUCAUAUCCAACUGUAGAGGAGGAAGCCAAGAAACAGGGAGGUUGUCAUUUGCCUGUCCAGUUAUAAAAUCAGUCAGUGAAUGGGACUUUCCUGUCGGUCCAAUGGUUAAGACCCCAGGAUUCCAAUGCAGGGGUGCAGGUUCAAUCCCUGAUCUGGGAACCUAGAUCCCACACGCCGUGCAGUGUGGCCAAAAAAAAUUUUAAAUUAAAGAAAAAAAAGUCAGUGAAGAACCGGAACUAGACCCAGAACUGAUUCCUGCCCAGGGUUCCCAUCAAGAAGGAUUGGUGAAAGAGAGAAAUGGAGUAAUGAAAUGUCCCCUCCUUCCCAAUCUGGUAGCUUCCAUUUAUUAAUAUUAUUCUGUUCCAGGUACUAUUCUUAACACUUUACAGACACAAUCUUGUUUCAUAUUCACAAUGACCCUAUGAAGUAAACAUUAUCAUCAUCAUCCCUAUUUUUAAAAUACACCCAAGUCUCUGUAACUUGAAGAGGCAAAGGCAGAAUUCAAACACAGAGCUGCUAAACUUCUAAGCUUAUUCUUUCACUGUAUCACUUAACGAGACACUACCUGGUCAGACUGUAACUUACAGAGCCUCCUGGGUACCAAGGCCCCAGUACAGAUUAUACACAGGGAAAUGAGCAGAGCUGGGUUCGUUGAUUGUAAGAUGCAUUUUUUUUUCACAUUUUGACAUCUCUGAAAUUGAGGUGUGUUUUACCAGCGAUGGCUGUCAUUGUUUAAUUGGCAGUGUUUUUUCCUCUUUCUUUCUGUGUGGUACUUAAAAUAAUGGCAUGUCUUGCAAUCAUUCUGUCUGGAUUUAACAAAGCACAGUAAAUUUAGGUGCCAUUUCCCCAAUAUCCUGUCUGCAAAGAGACAAACUAGAGCCAAAAUAGCUCUGAGAUCAGGGGACAGACAGAAAAGAGCUAAGCCAGGGUUUGACCUGAAAUGAAGCCUAGGAACUUAAAUCAAGGAGGAAGGCUGCUGUUGAUGAUGUGUGGGGUAGAAGGACAUCUGGCCCCAGCACUGUGCCCUAGUGGAGGGCAGGCUCCUUCAGUGCCUAUUGAGGUGAGCUCAGUUCAGCUCGAUUGCUCUCGAGCUGCCAGAACAGGAGCCAGGGUGCCCAAGAAAGCUUGUCAGACCAGCCUGGGCAGUGCCAGGUCUGGGAAUCAGCCCUCUGAUGAUGUAGUUGGAUUAUAUACUUAGCAGAGCUAUCUUGCCUUUGUUCUUUGGGGAGUGAGGAGGAAAGCCAACCUUUUUGUAUCUGUACCAUCUUUCAGCCUUAUGCCUUCUCUUGACAGAAAAUAUAGCUCUUUCCAUGUUCUGUGAUCCGUCUGCUUGUGCUGGAGGCCUGAGGGAGAUAAAAGAGAAUUACAUUUCUUAAGACAGUCCCAGAGGAAGCAGAGAAGCCUGGAGGGUAGUGGUGGCACUGGUUUAGGGGACCUGGGGGUUAGCAAGGGAGCAUGGAGUGACAGACUGAUUGCCAAGACCCUUAUUCUCUCACAGCUAAAAACACGUGGAGAUGGAUGGCUGAGGGGUAGCAGAAAUGGCAGUAACAGUGGCGUCUGAGCAUCCGCCUCCCCUGAACAACCCCACCAGAAUGGCUGCUUUGGGACACACAUUCCCCUUCUACGCUGGCCCCAAGCCGAACUUCCCAAUGGUCACCACCUUGGCCAUCAUCAUCACCAUCUUUAUGACUUCACUGGUCACCUUCAUCAUCAUCCUGCCAGGCAUUCGGGGCAAGAUGGUGAGAAACAAAACCAGCCCUGGAGACCCCAGCCCCAGAGAGACCUCGGCCUCGAGGUGAGGGGGCCAGACUUUCUGAUUACAAUCAGAUUCAGGAAAGAGAUUCUAGUCCCGAGAAAGCGUCACCCACCCUCCCAGCAGAGAGCUCCCUGCUCAUUGAUUCAACAGAUAAUUACUGAGUAUCUAUUAUGGGCCGGGCACUUUGAUCUCUGGUGACCAAGGGACCUCAGUUCUAGAACACCCUUCCCGAGUCUGGAAAGAGAAAGGGUGGAUUUGGAAGGAGGGUGCUCCAUCCUAAACCUGCCCACCCUGUGAUGCAGAGGCUGUUCCGGAUCCUGCGAGUAGUGACCAGCUUAUUCAUUGGAGCUGUGAUCCUGGGGUCAGCAUGGUCCGUGCAAGGCCAGAGGCCCUGGUGCUCCUGGGAGCUCUGCUGACUGCACUCCUGGACCCAGCGGGAGGCCAGGACUCAGUCUCGCUGACCUGGGAAGUGCAGCGCUAUGACGGCUGGUUCAACAACCUGAGGCACCACGAGCGUGGCGCUGCCGGCUCCCGACUGCGGCGCCUUGUACCUGCUAAUUACGCGGACGGCGUGUAUCAGGCUCUGGGGGAGCCGCUGCUGCCCAACCCGCGCCAACUCAGCAACGCCGCCAUGCGGGGCAAAGAUGGGCUGUCAUCCAGCCGCAAUCGCACAGUGCUGGGGGUCUUCUUCGGCUACCACGUGCUCUCGGACCUGGUGAGCGUGGAAAAGCCUGGCUGCCCAGCCGAGUUCCUCAACAUCCACAUCCCGCCCGGAGACCCCGUGUUCGAUCGCGACCAGAGCGGGGACGUGGUGCUGCCCUUCCAGAGGAGCCGCUGGGACCCCGAGACCGGACAGAGCCCCAGCAACCCCCGGGACCUGACCAACGAGGCGACGGGCUGGCUGGACGGCAGCGCCAUCUAUGGCUCCUCGCACUCCUGGAGCGACGAGCUGCGCAGCUUCUCCGGUGGGCAGCUGGCGUCGGGGCCCGACCCCGCCUUCCCCCGGAACGCGCAGGACCCGCUGCGCAUGUGGACUGCGCCCGACCCCGCCACGGGACGGCGCGGGCCCCGGGGGCUGUACGCCUUCGGGGCGGAGCGAGGGAACCGCGAGCCCUUCCUGCAGGCGCUGGGCCUGCUCUGGUUCCGCUACCACAACCUGUGGGCGCAGAAGCUGGCCCGCCAGCACCCGCUCUGGGAGGACGAGGAGCUGUUCCAGCACGCGCGCAAGAGGGUCAUCGCCACCUACCAGAACAUCGCGAUGUAUGAGUGGCUGCCCAGCUUCCUGCAGCAAGCACCGCCGAAUUACACAGAGUACCGCCCUUUCCUGGACCCCAGCAUCUCUCCGGAGUUCCUGGUGGCCUCUGAGCAGUUCUUCUCCACCAUGGUGCCCCCUGGCGUCUACAUGAGAAACACCAGCUGUCAUUUCCAGAUGGUCCUGAAUGAGGGUUUUGGCAGCUCCCCAGCUCUCAGAGUCUGCAACAGCUACUGGAUUCGGGAGAACCCCAAUCUGAACAGUGCCGAUGCAGUGAAUCAUCUGCUGCUGGGAAUGGCCUCCCAGAUUUCGGAGCGGGAGGACAACAUAGUAGUUGAAGAUCUGAGGGAUUACUGGCCUGGCCCUGGCAAGUUCUCCCGCACUGACUAUGUGGCCAGCAGCAUCCAACGUGGCCGAGAUAUGGGGCUGCCCAGCUAUAGCCAAGCCCGACAGGCCUUGGGGCUGGAGACCCCAGGGAGCUGGAGUGACCUCAACACCACCGUGGACCGUCAGGUGCUGGAGGCCAUAGCCGCCCUGUACAACCAGGACGUGUCCCGGCUGGAGCUACUCCCCGGGGGGCUCCUGGAGAGCCAUGGGGGCCCUGGACCCCUCUUCAGCACCAUCGUCCUCGAUCAGUUUGUGCGACUGCGGGAUGGCGACCGCUACUGGUUUGAGAACAGCAGGAAUGGGCUAUUCUCCACGGAGGAAAUUGCAGAAAUCAGAAACACCACUCUUCGGGACGUGCUGGUGGCUGUCACCAGCGUGAACCAUAGUGCCCUGCAGCCCAAUGUCUUUAUUUGGCAACAAGGUGCACCCUGCCCUCAGCCCCAGCAGCUCACAAGUGAAGGCUUGCCCCCCUGUGUGCCCCUGACUGUGACUCAUUUCUUCGAGGGCAGUGGUCCUGGUUUUGGCAUCACCAUCGUGGCUCUGUGCUGUCUCCCCCUAGUGAGCCUGCUUAUCUCUGGGGUUGUGGCCUAUUUCCGGGGCCAAGAGCUCAAGAAGCUACAAAAGAAAGGCAGAGAGAGUGUGAAGAAAGAAGCAGCCAAAGAUGGAAUGUCAGCGAUGGAGUGGCCGGGACCCAGGGAGAGGAGCUAUCCCAUCACCAUCCAGCUGCUCCCAGACAGGCGUCUGCAGGUCCUGGACAGGCGUCUCUCUGUGCUCCGCACCAUCCAGCUGAGGCCCCCGCAGCAGGUCCACCUCAUCCUGUCCAGCAACAGCGGACGCCGCACCCUGCUGCUCAAGAUCCCCAAGGAGUAUGACCUGGUGAUGCUGUUUAACUCCGAGGAAGAGCGAGGCACCUUCGUGCAGCAGCUGCAGGGCUUCUGUGAGAGCUGGACUCUGGGCCUUGAUGUGGCUGAGAUGAGUGAGAAUGAGCUGUUCAGGAAGGCUGUGACCAAGCAGCAGCGGGGCCGCAUCCUGGAGGUCUUCUUCAGACACCUCUUUGCCCAGGUGCUGGACAUCGACCAGGCAGACGCCGGGACCCUGCCCCUGGAUUCGUCACAGAAGGUGCGGGAGGCCCUGACGUGUGAGCUGAGCCGGGCCGAGUUUGCCGAGUCCCUGGGCCUCAAGCCCCAGGACAUGUUUGUGGAGUCCAUGUUUUCUCUGGCCGACAAGGACGGCAAUGGCUACCUGUCCUUCCGGGAGUUCCUGGACGUCCUGGUGGUCUUCAUGAAAGGCUCCCCAGAGGACAAGUCCCGCUUGAUGUUCACCAUGUAUGACCUUGAUGGGAAUGGCUUCCUCUCCAAGGACGAGUUCUUUACCAUGAUGCGGUCCUUCAUCGAGAUCUCCAACAACUGCCUGUCCAAGGCCCAGCUGGCUGAGGUGGUGGAGUCCAUGUUCCGGGAGUCGGGCUUCCAGGACAAGCAGGAGCUGACGUGGGAGGACUUCCACUUCAUGCUGCGGGACCAUGACAACGAGCUCCGCGGCACCCAGCUCUGUGUCAAGGGUGGAGGUGGAGGUACUGGAGACAUUCUUAAACCAAACGUCAGCUGUCGAGUGUCAUUCAUCACUCGGACUUCUGGGGAACGUUCUUGCCCUCAGGGAGUGGGGCUCCCUGUCUCAGAAGCCCCAGAGUUGGGAGGCCCUGGGUUGAAGAAGAGGUUUGGCAAAAAGGCAGUGGUGCCCCCUCCCCGGCUAUACACAGAGGCGCUGCAGGAGAAGAUGCAGCGGGGCUUCCUGGCCCAGAAGCUGCAGCAGUACAAGCGCUUCGUGGAGAACUACCGGCGGCACAUCGUGGUCGUGGCAAUCUUCUCAGCCAUCUGUGCCGGACUGUUUGUGGAGCGUGCUUACUACUAUGCCUUUGCCUCGCCACCCUCGGGCAUUGCAGAGACCACCCUCGUGGGCAUCAUCCUGUCGCGGGGCACGGCGGCCAGCGUCUCCUUCAUGUUCUCCUACAUCCUGCUCACCAUGUGCCGCAACCUCAUCACCUUCCUGCGAGAGACCUUCCUCAACCGCUACGUGCCCUUCGAUGCCGCCGUGGACUUCCAUCGCUGGAUCGCCAUGGCUGCUGUCGUCCUGGCCAUUUUGCACAGUGCUGGCCACGUGGUGAAUGUCUACAUCUUCUCAGUCAGCCCCCUCAGCCUGCUGGCCUGCAUCUUCCCCAGCGUCUUUGUGAAUGAUGGGUCCAAGCUUCCCCAGAAGUUCUACUGGUGGUUCUUCCAGACAGUCCCAGGUAUGACAGGGGUGCUCCUGCUCCUGGUUCUCGCCAUCAUGUACGUCUUCGCCUCCCACCACUUCCGGCGCCGCAGCUUCCGGGGCUUCUGGCUGACCCACCACCUCUACAUUCUGCUCUACGUGCUGCUCAUCAUUCACGGCAGCUUCGCUCUGAUCCAACUGCCCCGUUUCCACAUCUACUUCCUGGUGCCAGCACUUAUCUAUGUGGGGGACAAGCUGGUGAGCCUGAGCCGGAAGAAGGUGGAGAUAGGCGUGGUGAAAGCAGAACUGCUGCCUUCAGGAGUGACCCACCUUGAGUUCCAGCGGCCCCAAGACUUUGAGUACAAGUCAGGACAGUGGGUGCGGAUCGCCUGCCUGGCUCUGGGGACCAACGAGUACCACCCCUUCACCCUGACUUCUGCGCCCCACGAGGACACGCUUAGCCUGCACAUCCGGGCAGCAGGGCCCUGGACCACCCGCCUCAGGGAGAUCUACUCACCCCCGACGGGUGACAGCUGUGCCAAACAUCCAAAGCUGUACCUCGAUGGACCAUUUGGAGAGGGCCACCAGGAGUGGCAUAAGUUUGAGGUGUCCGUGCUGGUGGGAGGGGGCAUUGGGGUCACCCCCUUUGCCUCCAUCCUCAAAGACCUGGUCUUCAAGUCAUCCUUAGGCAGCCAAAUGCUCUGUAAAAAGAUCUACUUCAUCUGGGUGACACGGACCCAGCGGCAGUUUGAGUGGCUGGCUGACAUCAUCCGGGAGGUGGAGGAGAAUGACCACCAGGACCUGGUGUCCGUGCACAUCUACAUCACCCAGCUGGCUGAGAAGUUUGACCUCAGGACCACCAUGCUGUACAUCUGUGAGCGGCACUUCCAGAAGGUGCUGAACCGGAGUCUGUUCACGGGCUUGCGCUCCAUCACCCACUUUGGCCGACCCCCCUUCGAACCCUUCUUCGACUCUCUGCAGGAGGUCCACCCAAAGGUGAGGAAGAUUGGGGUGUUUAGCUGCGGCCCUCCAGGAAUGACCAAGAAUGUAGAGAAGGCCUGUCAGCUCAUCAACAGGAAGGACCAGGCCCACUUUGUGCACCACUAUGAGAACUUCUGAGCCCUCCCUCCCUGGUUCCUGAUCCCUCCGUGGACCAGCCCUGCCAGCAGUUUCUGUCAGAAUUCACCUCAGGCAUCAGCUGGAGAGCUGGAAGAGCCUCUCCCUCAUUGCCCCAUCUGUCCCAGGCUCUGAGAAGAUAGAGGAGACCCUUCUAGCUUAAGCCACAGCAGGCUGUGGCAGACAAAGUGGGGAGGGGACAGUCCCUGCCUUGUGACAACUAUGGAGGUGAAGAGAUACAACCGCAUUUUCCUCUGAUAGGUCCCCAUGUCUGUUUUCCUUCCAGAAAAUCAAUGUAUUGCUUUGGUAUUUUCUUGGCCUAGGCAUUUGAGGGAGGACAGGGUGGGGACACCUGGUGUGAAGAGAGGGUUCAGAGUGAGAAUCUCCUAAGAGCCCAGCUCAGAAGUUGCGAUGCUAAACCUGGAUGGCCUGCCUGCCUCAAUUCAGUCUCCGAGGCCUUUUCCCUCCAGCUCUACCCCCCAACCUAUUCCUGCUCUGAGAGGAUCAGGAACCCUGAGGAGCAACCAGCAACGCCCGCUGCCCUCACCUCUUGGCUGGCCCUUCUCUUAGCCUGCUGGAGCAGCCCCUCAGCUCUGGUACCAAGGGAGUCCAGCCUUUCUGCCAAUCAUCCAGAGUUCCCACUCAGCUCCCCUCCUCCACAGGACUUGGAUGACCAACUGUCCCAGUUUGCCCAGGACUCCCCCAGUCUUGGCACUGAAAGUCUCUUGUCCUAGGAAACCCCUCAGUCCCAGGCAAAUCAGGGCAGUUGGUCACCUUCCACAGGAGCCAAUCUGGGACAUCACCUCCAUACUCUUUAAGACCCUUCCUUUUCCUUCUUCAACUGGCUCUUUCCUCAAAAGCUAAGCUGUAAUUUAAAAAAAACAAAAGGUAUAAUUUGCAUAAAGUGUACAGAUCUUAAAGUUACCAUGUACUACAUAUGUUACUACUACCCAAAUCAAGAUAUAGAACAUUUCCAUCACCCCAGAAACUUCCCUGUACCCCUUCCAGUCAGUCUCCCCAAGCCUUAGAAGCAACCACAGAUGUGAUUUUUUGUUAUUACUCCAGAUUCAUUUGGUCAUACUGAAUGUACUCUUUUGAAACUGGCUUGUCUUACUUAGCACAAUGUCUCUGUGAUUCAUCCAUGUUGUAUAUAUCAGUAGUUUGUUCCUUUUUAUUGAUGUGUCGUAUUCCAUUGUAGAGAUUACCACAGUUUAUCCAAUCUUCUGUUAAUAGACAUUUAGAUUGUUUCUGGUUUUUGAUAAUUAUGAAUAAAGCUGCUAUGAACUUU